AUGCGAUUUGGGGCUCGGAGAGUGGCCAGUCACAAGAUUUUCUCCACAGCCUUGUUCCACGGUCACGCUGGCAUAGAAUCUCCCUACUACUCUUCUCCUGCAUCCACUCUCUGGUUCGUUAAAGUCGUUUGCACUAUCCUCAUUCGCCACACUCCUUCGCUGGCCGUUUUCAAUACGGAUUAUUUUCGCGAUAAUUUGAACCCAUUUGUAGCUUUCAGCGUGGUGUAUCACAUAACUAGUAGAUUGAACAACCCGGAUUUAGCUUUUAAUUUCUUUCGAUACUCGAGGCUCAGUUUGAACCUCGUCCAUUCACAAUCCACGUUUGAUUUGCUCUUGAGGUCGCUCUGUAAAAUGGGCCUUCACGAUUCCGCUCAAGUGGUGUACGGAUACAUGAAAGCCGACGGGCUAUCCCUCGGUAGCUCAGUUGUGGAAUUUAUGAUCUCUUCCUUUGCCAAUGCCAGAAAGUUUCAAGCUGCAGAGGAAAUUUUGGUGGCCAGAGCUGAAUUCUGCAAUGGCAGAGGGGAAAGAGUUAGUCCUUUUGUAUAUAAUAAUUUAUUGACCUUGCUGAUGAAUAAGAAUUUGGUAGAUGAAGCCGUCACAUUUUUCAGGAAUCACGUGUUGAGGCUACGGAGCUUGUUUCCUGAAACUUGUACCUUUAACAUCGUGAUUCGAGGGUUGUGCCGUGCUGGUAAUGUUGACCGGGCUUUUGAAGUUUUUCAUGCCAUGAGAAGUUUUGCUUGUCAUCCGGAUCAUUUUACAUACAACACUCUAGUUAACGGUUUAUGUCGGGUUGGUAAAGUCGAUAGAGCAGAGACAUUUGUAAGAGAAGUUAAAGCCCAGUCCGGGUUUUCACCUGAUGUUGUGACUUACACAUCCAUCAUCUCUGGAUACUGCAAGUCUGGUAAGAUGGAAGACGCUUCAGCUCUUCUUGAUGACAUGAUUGAUAACGAUAUCAGACCAAACCUGUUCACCUUCAAUGCUAUCAUAGAUGGUUAUGGUAAGAAGGGUGAAGUGGCUUUGGCAGCUAAAACGUAUGAAAGGAUGGUAGGCAACGGCGUGGAUCCUGAUGUUGUCACCUUCACUUCUCUCAUUGAUGGUUACUGCCGCUGUGGGGAGUUGGAAAAGGGUAGGAAUCUCUUUGAGGAAAUGAACAAUAGAAAGGUUCCUCCUAAUGUAUUUACAUUCUCCAUUCUAAUUAGUGCUCUGUGCAGAGAGAACAGAUUAAAUGAGGCCCGUGAUUUGCUGAGGCAGUUGAAAUGGAGGGAGGACAUUGUACCCCCACCGUUUGUUUACAAUCCCAUUGUUGAUGGGUUUUGUAAAGGGGGCAAUGUGGAUGAGGCGAAUGCAAUUGUUUCUGAAAUGGAGGCGAAAGGGUGCACCCAUGAUAAGAUGACUUUCACCAUUCUUAUUUUGGGGCAUUGUAUGAAAGGCAGAAUGUCGGAGGCUAUAGUAGUUUAUAACAAGAUGCUGUCGGUAGGUUGCGCACCGGAUAAUAUCACCAUUAAUUCUUUGGUAUCUUGCCUUAGGAAGGCGGGCAUGGCGCCUGAGGCAAAUGAAAUAGAGCACAAGGCAUUGAAUUGCUUGCACUCGCGGUCUUCAUCGGCAGAAAGAACGAAUUCUGUUAGGAACAAUAUGAAUGUGACAGUGGCUGUUUACUCGUGA